GCCCCGCCUCGUGCCCUCCAGGCCCCGCCCCCGGCCCCGCCCCGGGGGCUUCCCGGGCGCGCGCCGCCCUGCCAUGUCCGCGCGCCACGCCCCCCUGCUCGCGGGCCGCGUGCGGAGCCGCGCGCCCGGGAGGCUCCGGGACUGUGGCGGCGGGCGGCGGCGACGGCGGCGGAGCAGCCCUCCGCCGGCCAUGUCUUCUCCCGCCGUGGCGAGGGGAUCCCCGGGAGGGAGUCAGGAGAUGGCCCCCAGGCCGCGGAGUCCAGGCCGGUUUUGGGAAGUGGGCGGCGGCAGUGGCGACCGGUUGGAGCGCGCGGCCGCGGAGUCUGAGCGCUGGGAGUUGCUGCUCCGCCGCGGCGAGCUGCUGGCUCUGGGCGGCCACCUGAAGGGAGCGCUGGAGGCGUACGCGGCGGCGUUGCGCCGUGGGGCCCCGGUCAGGCCCGAGUGCCUCGGCACCUUGGUGGACUGCCUGGUGUUCAACUACCGGCUUCGCCACGGGCUAGGCUGGAGCACGGCUCCGGCUGCGGGCGCCGGCGGGCUCCUCAGCUGCCUGGGCUGCCGGGGUUUCUUGAGUGAGCCGGUGACGGUGCCCUGUGGCCACAGCUACUGCCGCCGCUGCCUGCGGAGAGAGCUCCGCGCCCGCUGCCGACUCUGCCGGGACCGGCUUCCGCCCGCCGCAGCUAGUGCCACUGAUGCUGAAGGGACCAGCCCGCGGCCGCCGCCUCUGACUGCCGCCAUCGCCGCCUCGGACUUCCGAACCAGCGUCGUCCUCAACCACCUGGCUGAGAAGUGGUUCCCGGGCCAGCGCGAGCGGGCCCGGGCGGCUGGCCGGCUUGGGGAGCUGCUGCACCAAGGGCGCUACCGGGAGGCCCUGGCCGCCGCCUGCGAGGCACUGCGAGCAGAGCCUAGUGACCUGACUCUCAAAAUUUACAGAGCGGAAUCCUAUGCUGGUCUCCAGGAGUUUAAAGCAGCCAUAGAAGAUUUAAAUGCAGUUCUCUUUCAACUUCCAAAUUGGCCUGAGGUUCACUUCAGGAAAGGAAAAGUACUUCAGGAUGCUGGCUUUUUAGGAGAUGCCUUACAACUCUUUCUUCAGUGCUUGGCCCUUGAUGAAGAUUUUGCACCUGCAAAGUUACAAGUAGAAAAGAUCUUAUGUGAUUUAUUAUCACCUGAAAACUUAAAAGAAGACCUGAAGGAAUCUUCCUGGAAUUCAUUACCAUGUAUUAAAAACAAGCCUUUAGGUUUUCCUUCAGUAAUGGAAGAGUCUCACGCCCCCAGUGAGCUUAGCCCAAAGCAGACUGAAGAACUACCAGGGGAUACUUCAGAAACUGUCAGAGGAAGCUUAAACCGUGCUCAGUCAGCGCAAGCUAUCAAUUCAAAAGAUACGUCUGCCAGAGAGGAUUGUUUAAAAAGGGUAUCCUCGGAACCUUUACUCUCUGUUCAGGAAAAAGGUGUUCUGCUGAAAAGAAAGUUGUCUCUCUUGGAACAGGAUGUGGUUGUAAAUGAAGAUGGAAGAAAUAAGCUUAAAAAACAAGGAGAUUAUGGCGACAUCCCAGAAGAAUUAAUAGACGUCUCGGACUUUGAAUGUUCUCUCUGCAUGAGGUUGUUUUUUGAGCCAGUAACAACCCCUUGUGGACAUUCGUUCUGUAAGAAUUGUCUUGAGCGUUGUUUAGAUCAUGCACCAUAUUGUCCCCUUUGCAAAGAAAGCUUAAAAGAGUAUCUAGCAGAUAGGAGGUACUGUGUCACACAGCUGUUGGAAGAAUUAAUAGUGAAGUAUCUGCCUGAUGAACUGUCUGAGAGAAAAAAAAUAUAUGAUGAAGAAACUGCUGAACUCUCACACUUGACCAAGAAUGUUCCAAUAUUUGUUUGCACUAUGGCCUACCCCACUGUGCCUUGCCCUCUUCAUGUAUUUGAGCCAAGAUACAGAUUGAUGAUUCGAAGAAGUAUACAGACUGGAACCAAACAGUUUGGGAUGUGUGUCAGUGAUACACAAAAGAGUUUUGCAGACUAUGGUUGUAUGUUACAAAUUAGAAAUGUACAUUUCUUACCUGAUGGAAGGUCUGUGGUUGAUACAGUUGGAGGAAAGCGGUUUAGGGUUCUAAAAAGAGGAAUGAAAGAUGGAUAUUGCACUGCAGACAUUGAAUACCUGGAAGAUAUUAAGGUUGAGAAUGAAGAAGAGAUAAAAAAUCUGAGAGAACUUCAUGAUUUGGUAUACUCUCAAGCCUGCAACUGGUUUCAGAAUUUAAGAGACAGAUUUCGAAGUCAGAUUCUUCAGCACUUUGGAUCAAUGCCCGAGAGGGAGGAAAACCUUCAGGCAACCCCUAAUGGACCUGCAUGGUGUUGGUGGCUUCUUGCAGUUCUUCCUGUAGAUCCUCGAUAUCAGUUGUCAGUCUUGUCAAUGAAGUCUUUGGAAGAACGACUGACAAAGAUACAGCAUAUACUGACCUAUUUUUCUAGAGACCAAUCUAAAUAACUGCUUGGAUCUUACUUUAAUGUUACCCUAAUCUGACUGUGUUAACAGCCAGAUUGUCCGCUGCCUUUGCACAUCCAGUGCUGGUUUGAGAAAUGUAAUGAAACUCUUUUUUCCUUCAACCUCCUGAAUCAUGUGGAUCUUCAAAUGAAUACCUUCAACUAGGAUUUAGACCACUAAGAACUCGCACAGAAAAACACGCACUGAAUGUGUGUUAAACCUCUACAUUGUGAUGAAGUUGCACUAUGUAUCAUAUUCUAAAAUGAAUUAAGAACUCUGUGUAUGUAUGUAGUAUGUAUGUGUGUGUGUGAGUGGGUACACCUGUGUGAGUAGUAUGUGUGUAUUUUCUCUGGCUUUAAAAUUUUAAAAGAAAAAAAAAAAAGCCAUAGAGAGCAGAACUUGCCGAGGGUCAUUUAUUGCCCAAGUUUACAACAGUAGUGAUAGAAAUUUUUGCAAAUUGAAUUUGCCUCAGAUUUAUUUGUCCUAAUGCUUAUAUUUGCACAAGUAUGUAAAAUAUGGUACUGAGUAUCAUUCUUUGUUGGAAAUACUGCUCUUACUGAACUGUCUUGACCAUUAACUAUGACACAGUUUCUUUCUUAUUUAUGUAAAUACUUGCAUCCCAGUGACCGACAGGCAUUGGAUGCAGAACCUAGAGCCAGUUUUCAGGAACAAUUGCAAACCUGACAUGGUACUGUGCAUCUAUUCAUAAAAUACUUAAAACUGUGAAAAUAUGGUUUACAUUUAAUUGUACAUAAAGGUAAAUGGAGAACUCAAUUCAGUACCAGUUAGUUUGUAUAUUUUAGGGGGGCUUUUCACAUUAACUGCCCAUCUAUGUAAUUUAUAGUUUGACAUGAUGUGUUUGUUUAAAAAGUUACAUAGUAUAAACGCAUUAAGGAUCUGAGGGGAGAGAAGAAGCUUAAUGUAGAACUAAGCUUUUAAAGUUUGUUUUGUUUUUAAUUCUGGUCUUGGUGCGAAUGUUAGUUAUGCCUUAUUCAUACCACAGUUAGGUCACCAUGCUAUGACAUGGUUUCUAUUCAUGCUGCCCUAGAUACUUUUGUAAUUAUUUGUUGCAAACUUGUGACUGUCCCUAUUAACUUUCUUUUAUGUAAGUAAUUUGUAAAAGUUUCUUAAAAUUUUUGCUUUUGCUUAUUUAAUUUUGAAUAAAAGCUUAAUUCAUA